AUGUACACCCACACACCCACUGCUAAGUUCCUCGUCCUGGCUCCUGUCCAGUCUGCCCCUCAUUCGGUGUUCAACAACAACUUCCUCGUUCUAUCCCCUACCGAGUCUGCUCCUUCUUCAGUUUCCGAUGAGCAGUCUGAAACUGAGAGCAACGUCUCCUCUCACAUCCGUGAGCGCUCCGACAGCGAGGCCUCUACUGCCAGAAGCGUCUCGGAUGGAUUUCUCUUCCUGGGCCAUAACCGCCCAAGGGCCCCCAGCACCAGCGUUUAA